UCAGAGUGGUGGGGUCAACUCAACGCAAACGCAUUCUCUCUCUCCAUCGUCAACGAUUUGUUAGGGUUUAUCAUCGAGGCGGAGGAGGAGAAGCGAUUUCUUAAAAAAAUCGACUCUAAUGGCUGACGAAGAUUACAACGAAGUCGAUGACUUGGGAUAUGAGGAUGAGCCAGUGGAGCCAGAGAUUGAAGAAGGAGUAGAGGAAGAUGCUGAUAUGAAAGAGGAGGAUAUCAAUGGUGAGCCAAUUGAAACAGAAGAUAAGGUUGAAACGGAAGCUGUACAACGUCCACGGAAAACGUCCAAGUUUAUGACCAAGUAUGAGCGUGCACGUAUCCUCGGUACUCGUGCUUUGCAGAUUAGCAUGAAUGCUCCUGUCAUGGUCGAACUAGAGGGUGAGACUGAUCCACUUGAGAUUGCAAUGAAGGAGCUUAGGCAAAGGAAGAUUCCAUUCACUAUCAGACGCUAUCUACCUGAUGGGAGUUUCGAGGAAUGGGGAGUUGAUGAACUGAUCGUUGAAGACUCGUGGAAGCGUCAAGUCGGUGGUGAUUGAGAAUCUGACCAGAGAGUGAGAGAGAGAGAGAACUCUGUAUGUAUUUUGCUUGCUUUUGCCCUCAUAUGGAUGUUAAAUCUCUAAUACUUUAAUUACUGAAACUUAUGUGUACUGCCGACUUAGUUGUUGGUUUUAAUAUUCCGAGACUUUGCAAAAA